AUGGCGCUCGCCUGUCCAUCCUCCGUGUCCUUCAAGUCCUUCCAAGGGCUCAAGGUCAGCCCUGCUGUCUCUUCUCAAGCGCGCAUUAGCCGCUCCAAUGUAGCUUUUCCGAACGCCGCCUCCAAGCGGCUGGUAGCCGUCGCGGCCGUCGCAGAGGCACCAGCAGCUGCCGGCCCGGCAGUUCUGCCGGUCCUGACAAUGGACGGCGCAAACUCCGGCAAGACGGCGGAGCUGAACCUGCGGACGGCACGGCCGGAGACGGCAAAAGCCGUUGUCCACCGCGCCGUGGUCACCUACAUGCAGAACAAGCGCGCGGGUACCGCAAGCACGAAGACCCGCGCGGAGGUGCGGGGAGGCGGGCGGAAGCCGAUGAAGCAGAAGGGAACUGGCAGCGCUCGCCGUGGAUCGCAGCGGACGCCGCUGCGUCCCGGUGGUGGUGUGGUGUUCGGGCCUAAACCCAAGGACUGGACUAUUAAGAUCAACAAGAAGGAGAAGCUGCUCGCCGUGGGAACCGCUCUGCAGAACGCGGCGACCGCGAAUGACGGCGCGAGCUUCAUCGUGAUCGAGGACGUGCACGACAAGGUCGCGGCGCCUAAGACUAAGGACUUCGUCGCGGCGCUCGCGCGGUGGGGCGUGGAUUACAAGAAGGACCACGCGCUGCUACUCACCGGCGAAGCUUCGGAGAACCUGCUGCUGUCGACGCGGAACAUCCAGAAUCUGAAGGUGGUGACGCCGAACGCGCUGAACAUCUACGACGUGCUGCGCGCCGAUAAGCUGCUGUUUCGUCAUUUUCUUCCCCUCUCCCCUUUCUUCACCCCUUCCCUCCCGCACCUGCCUACCCUUCCCUGCAGCCAUCUCCCUUCCCCCUAUUUCUUUCUUGCCUUUUGGCCACCUCCCCUUCCCAACCCCACGCCCUCCGCCCCCUCUCCCCCCAACCCACCCCUCCUUGCCUUGCAUUUCCCCCAUUUGCUCCCUUACACCACAUCCUACUAG